GCUUCAUAUGAUAGAGUAGGAAAGAGUUUCGGUGCCGCUUGUAUAUAUUGAAGUUUUCUGCCUGUACUCAGUCUGCAGCUUCCUGUACUGAGGAUUCAUCCGGUCUGCUGUUUCUACAUCACAAACUACAACACGCGUCCAACAUGGGAAACCCUAAAGUGUUUUUUGAUAUCACGAUCGAUGGGAAAAGUGCAGGAAGGAUUGUGAUGGAGCUGAGAGCUGAUGUCGUCCCCAAGACUGCUGAAAACUUCCGAGCCCUGUGCACUUCGGAGAAGGGUUUCGGCUUCAAGGGUUCCAUCUUCCAUCGUAUCAUUCCAGAAUUUAUGUGCCAGGGUGGUGACUUCACAAAACACAAUGGAACUGGAGGGAAGUCCAUUUAUGGCACCAAGUUUGCAGAUGAGAACUUUACUCUGAAGCAUGAGGGGCUGGGAACUCUGUCCAUGGCCAAUGCAGGAACCAAUACCAAUGGCUCACAGUUCUUCAUCUGCACUGCUAAAACCACUUGGCUGGAUGGCAAGCAUGUUGUGUUUGGGAAGGUGGUUGAAGGCGCUGAUGUCGUCAAGGCUAUGGAAAAGAAAGGAAGCGACAGCGGGAAAUGCUCUGCCAAGGUUGCCAUUGCUGACUGUGGCCAACUUUAAACAUCACAUUUAAACAUCUAGUGUCGGUCAUGUGAAUUAUUCACAUUUCAUCAGAUUUGUUAUUUCUAAUUCUUCGCAUUAAUGAAAGUUGUUACAUCAGCCUUGUUUUCUAAGUUGUCUGAACAUCAGCAUUCCAUGAAAAAGGUAUUAUAGAUAAAAGUGUAUUAAUGUGGUUACUUCAUAGAAUUGAAAUCUUUUUGUUCAAGUGUCAACGUCUUUGAAACAUGUAAUUCCUAGACUUGUAGGACCAAAGAGAUUAUUAAAUUCUUUUUGAUUUCA